GGCCGCUAAUAACACAGGUGUGCCGCGUACCGUAGGCCUAUAAGUGAGUGGAGUUUUCUGGUCAGCGGGAGGUAAAUAUGGCCUAUUGCAACUCGUAUAGGCUUAGGAACGCCCUGCAUUUGCCUUGCCAUUGCAGGAUAGGUCCAAUGAGAAGGGUUGGAUAGGACAGGCGGGGUGUGUGAGGCGGUGCGUGGGUGUGAAGACAGGUAGCAUAGGCCUAUGAGGGAGAGGGAGGGUCCGGGCCGCCAUGAUUGUGCUGUUGCUAGGCUGGGUAGGCCUACCAGCACCGCCUCUACAUUUCACAGGGCCAUUGCAAGCACGCCUAGCCUCCCCCUGGCCCCUGUGUGGCUGGGACAUGGCCCGGAACCCCCGCCGGCUGGCCAGGCCUACACACCACUCCAACGCUCGGUCAUGGAGGCUCUGUCAGAUGGGGGAGUGCUGGGGGGAGAGUCCCAGAUUAUUGGUCUCAUUGGAGGGGAUGAGCUGGGCUUGGUGGAGGCGUCAAUGCUACAAGGAGACCCAAGUGUGGGGGUUAUGAUGGAGCUGGUUGGAGGUGGGGACAGUGAUGAUGAGGCACUCUCUGCCGCCUUCUCCACCACAUUCUCCACCACCACCACUUCCCCAUCCCUCCGCCAGCUGGCCACGUCCUCCUCUGCUGCCUCCUCGGCCAUCACCUCAUACACGGUCACCUCCUCCUCCCCUCCCCCAUCAUUCGCCAGUCUCAUCUCACAGGGGGAGCGUGGUGGGGGUGUGGUGGGCACAGUGGUGGAGCUGCCAGGCCACCAGAACUCCAUUCCUACCCCUCUUUUGCUGACACACCCCCAUCACCACCACCACCACCACCACCUCCAGCAGCAGCAGCAGCAGCAGCAGCAGCAACAGCAGCAGCAACAGCAGCAGCAGCAACAACAUCAGCAGCAGCAGCAGCAGCAGCACUCGUCUUCCCCACACAUCCCCCUCCCAAUGCUGCACACCCUUCAGCACCUCCCCAGGACACAGCCUCCACAGCAGACCUUCUUUCAGCCUGAGCAGGUCACUCUGUCCCCGGGGCGCUCUCAGGGCAGCACAUAUCCAAGUGUUGGGGGCGGGGCAGGUGGGGGAGGAACAGGUGGGGCAGGCGAGGGUGGCGGCUUUGUCCCUUAUCUUUCCCCGACAGCGCUGCAACCCUCCUCACACCCGCCCUUCCUCCCCCAAGUCAAGUCAGAGCCCCCGCAUGGUGAGCCAGCAGCCUACCUCCCCCCUGCCUUGAAACCUGAGCCACAAGAUGAGUUCCUGGACCCCCUAGAGCCUCACCUAGAGACCCCACAGACCCCCACACCAGCCCUGCCAAUUGUUUUCGCCCCACAGAAUGUUGUUGUUGGACGGGGCACGCCAGGGGGGCUCUCCUACACCACACAUCACGGGCCGCCUCCCACGCCAUCCCCAGGGGGCAUGUCCAGCUUAGAGGGGAAUGGUGGGGGUUCAGGGGGAGGUAGUAGUGGUGGUGGGACAGCCCCUUCCCCAUCCCCCCAGUACCUCUACCCACCACCUCACACCCCUCAUGCUAAUUCCCCCUACUUACUGGAGCUUGCACCCCUACCUGCCCGCACCCCACAACAACAACAACAACAACAACAACAACAACAACAACAACAACAACAGCAGCAGCAGCAACAGCAACAGCAGCAAGGUGUCUCCUCACAGCAACAACAGCAACAGCAGCACCACCAGCAUCACCAGCACCACCACCCUCAUCACCAUCACCAGUCACCACACACAGCACCACAGCAGCACCUCUCACUCUCACCCUCCUCCCACACAAGCAGCCUCACCUCCAGCUUUGUCGGGGGUGGCUUGGUGGGGUAUUACGACCCCCCCCAAGCACAGCAGCCUCAACCACCUCAGUCACAGCAGCAACUACCUCAGGAGGAUGUUCGGCAAGCCACAGCCACAGGGACUCACAUGCUGUACCUUCCUGCCUCACAGCACAGCCUUAAGACGCGAUUAAAGAUGACCCGCAAGAAGUCUUCAUCCAGCCCACUGCCACAGACGGAAGAUGACCUGGUGCCUAGCAAGCAGAGUGGAGACCAGGCCAGCAAUGACUCGGAUGAGGACAACCUGGUCAUCGACACUGGAAGUAAUGGCGGUGAAGGAUUCGAGUGUGGUGAGUGUCGCAUGGUGUGUCGAACAAGAGGCAGCCUGCGCAAACACCUCACCACAGAGCACCUCCCUGACGAGCCUGAGCCAGCAGAGACCAUCCCCAAGCAGUACCUUUGCACCACACCCCUGUGCCACUUCACCACCACCAAGCGUGAUGCCUAUGACCUCCACAUUGCCAGUCACAUUGCUGAGGGUUGGACGCCCACUGGGAAGAAGCGGCAGAACAAGAAUCCCUUGCAGAGGCACAGGUACAACAAGGAGGAGUUGAUGUGUCCGCUGUGUGAGUACGCCUGCACAGUGGAGAAGGCUUUCCGCCGCCACUUGAAGGCACACGAGGCAGGCUACCGUGGCCCUGUGUCCAAGAUAUCCUGCUGCAUCUGUGGCAAGGACCGGCCGAGUGAGGCAGAGAUGAAGAAGCACAUGAAGAAGCAUCGGUGUGGCAAGUACUACCGCUGUGACAUCUGCAAAUUCCAGACGGUGCAGCUCAAGAAGCUCAUCCAACACCGCCGGAUGCACACGGGGGAGAAGCCACACCUGUGUCCGUUCUGCCCGUACCGAGCAGCACGACGCGACAACCUGCGCUCACACGUAAGAAGGAUGCACAAAAGGGAGAACAUGUACGGCGACACCUUCACCCCUCGGCCCGUGCUGGUGGCCGAGGCGGACUGCCACGACCAUAUCACCAGCAGGCCUCCCAACCAGGUCCCUGGCACACCACAACAGCAACAGCAGCAGCAGCAGCAGCAGCAGCAGCAGCAGCCACAACCUCUACAACCCCAGGUCCCCACCACUCUUUCGGCCCUCCCUCCUCAGCCACACCCCGCAGGAACUCUAUAACUCUUGGCCAGUGUCUAGGUGAUGUUGAAUUGUUUGUAGCUCAAGUACGUCUCUCCUUUAUCACUAGGAAUGGCAUUAUCUCGCCUGCCUGUACGAGUUGAGGCAGGAUGGAGGGGUGGGGUGUGGAGAGAAGGGAUGUGUGUGUGUGUGUGUGUGUGUGUGUGUGUGAGUGAGUAUGAGUGUGCUUUUGUCAGUUAUUCCAUAUAAUUAAUUGACUGGAGUUGGUGUUGGAUUUCUGUUAUAUGCUUCCCUCCUUUAUGUGUCUAUCAUUUAUUUUAUUUAUUUAUUUUUUUCUAUCUGUCUGUCUGUCUGGUAAUAGUGUUAUCAAAGGAAGUGUUUCUAUUUUAUUUAUUUAUUUUUUUAAUUGUUUAUUGGACAUAAUCUAGUAAUGAAGUAUAGUUUAGGAAUGAGUAAGGCAAAAGGAAUUAGAUCAAGUUUGUGCAUCAAAGAGAAGAAUCUAGGGAAGUCUUCCUAUCCAUUGGCUUGUUGAAGAAAAAUAUUACUGUAAUUAAUAUUAUCGUUUAAGCAGAAUUUAAUCAGAUUUAUAUUGUUAUGUUACAAAAAAACAGUUUUUAUUUAUUUUUUUCUGUGAGUAAUUUUUUGUCUUAAGUAUAAGGAAGGAAAUAUAUUAGAGUUUUGGUGCAGGUUAGAUCCAGGGAAAGAUUCUUUUGGCUCCUAGAGUCCUGUGGAACCGGUGGUGUGUGUGUGUGUGUGUGUGUGUGUGUGUGUGUGUGUGUGUGUGUGUGUGAGAGAGAGAGAGGGGGGGAGGCAUGUGUGUUUCUAUCAGCCUCUGCAUGCUUACCAAGUGUAAAUGAAAGGGAGUAAGAGAGGAGAUACAGAAGGAGAAUAUGUAGGAGAAUAAAAAUUAUAGACAGGACUAUUGAAGUAAAGAAAAUGUAGAAAAAAUAUAUAUAAUGUAGAGUGACAGGAAAUUUAGAGAUGGUUGAACCAAAUGGUGAUGAUGGUGGUGGUAUAGGGGAAUAUAAAUCAUUCCUAUGCUAGCAUUAUGAGUCAACACUUGUAUGCCAGCUCCUCCUCGGAGAAUUUGUCACUGGGAACAGAACACUGACCGGACGUGGAAAAGCUUUAGUUAUUAUUCAUUACAAAUUGAUUUGAUUUGUAUUAUUACUGAAGUUUAUUAGUGAUUAGCAUUGCAAAUCCCCAUCACUCCACCACCACCACCACAGGAGUAAGGCACUUGGCCCCGUUCAUAAUGCUGAGAGAGAGAGAGAGAGAGAGAGAGAGAGAGAGAGAGAGAGAGAGAGAGAGAGGAGAUUAGACAGGUCAGCAGGUAGAGGGUUAGGCUGUAGACUGGUUGUAAAGAAGAGAGUCAGAAAUGUCGGGCUGGGGUGGAAUAACAACAGUGGAUGCCCAGUUAGUCUGCCAAUGAGAUGAGGAAGUAUGUUGCAUUUCUCGGUUCGAAAUCAAGCUGUGGAGAGUUGCUUUGAUGUACUUCAUCUUCACUCAUUAUUACUGUUAGUGGCUAGGGUUCUCUCAUUUUUUUCUGUUCGUGUGUGUGUGUGUGUGUGUGUGUGUGUGUGUGUGUGUGUGUGUGUGUAUGUGUGUGUGUGUGUUUGUGUUUGUGUGGAGAGUAGAGGGAGCAUUGAGGGUUGGCGUGAGGGCCGAGGCUGGAGAGGAACAAGCAAGCAAGCAGGUAAUGACCUUGUGCAAUAGUAAAGCUGCUGCUGCUGCUGCUGCUGCUGCUGCUGCAAGGGGGACAGUCCCACACAGUCCCUCGUGUGCUGGCUGCUGCCUGCUAGGGGCCAGGCACUGCCAGGUGUGUGUCCAUGUCCAGGGACAAGGAGAGUGCCAGACUGUGCCCUUAACAUUGUUACCAAUAAUAUUGCUAAGUGUCCCAUGGUGGAGUGACGAGGAGUUUCAGGCUGUCUCAGUGGGCCUUUUGCCAUUAUUAUAAUUUAUCGUCAGUACAGUUUUUUGCUUUAUUAUGCUCACUAUGUACCAUUCAAGUGAUGCAGCCCCAAUGUGCGGGGCUGGGCAGGGCGAGCCUGGCUGGCAGGUGGCUUGGGCUCCAUACCUCACCUGCACUGCAGCAGGCAUUGGGAUGCCACUACAGGUAGGCACUGGCAUGGUGCUGUCUCCAGGAGCUCCUUGUGUACUGAAUGUGCUCAUAUGCAUCUUAAUUGACUGUUUCUUAACAAUUCCUAUGAUGCAAAUGUUGAGAUGAUGGAGGUAGUAAUGGCUUAGUGUAUAUGUGUGUGUGUGUGUGUGUGUGUGUGUGUGUGUGUGUGUGUGUGUGUGUGUGUGUGUGUGUGUGUGUGUGUGUGAGUGAGUGAGUGAGUGAGUGUGAGAGAGAGAGAGAUUGAUUAAGCCACUUUUCAGUAAUUAAAUGCCAGCCCAGUUCCUCUGUGCCUGCCUGGUAGUGAUGUCAUUGGUGCAGGAAGGAGAGCCUCCAGCCAGCCGGGUCUCACUGUGCCCCUUGACCUUACUAUAUCUACCUCAGGAUGACCAGCGUACAACCACAAACCCCCCAGCAUAAGUUUUUAUAAAUAUAUAUAAAUGCCUAUAUACAUAUACCAUAUAUAUAUAUAUUGCGACUUGCUCAGCCCAGUUGUGUUGUUGCUGCUGCUGCUGCCGCUGCCACCGUUGCCACAUCUCAGGUUUUUUGGAACACAUGCAUACGUGUGUGUCUGCAUGUGUGCGUGUGUGUGUGUAAUGCGACGAUCCAGUGUGUGUCUAGCUCAGGACAUGUUUUUUAUCCAUUAAGUAAGUUUUACCAAUGUACAAACAACACCACAAGCAUGGUUACCCCUUAAGUAUCUCAGGAAUUUUAACUAGUACAAUGUUGAUUGCCUAUUGAGGGGGAAGCAGGGAAAUGGAGGAGGAGGAUGUGGAGGUCUUGGGGGCAGGAGGCCUUGUGUAAUGCCUCCAGUGUAGUAUCCACCAUCCUCCUGGUGGAGGAAGGGAAAGGGAGCAAGGCCUCUUGCUCAGCUUCCUGCUGAUGUUCCCGUCACCCUGUAGUGUGUUCCUCCUCCUUGCCCGGCCCUGCUUCCCUCCCCAUGUCUGAGGCACCACAGACAGUGCCACAGGGAACAUGUGGGAGUGGGUGGCACCUCCCGCAGUUCAUCCUUUUUUGUACGCGUUGUUUGUUUGGUGGCGACGGCAGCAAGAGAUGGACUUGCUCUCUUGUUGACUGACUCGUCAGCUGGCUGACCAUAUGACUUGUAAAUUGACUGAAAUAAUUUACUGCUGACAAAAUGGCCUGCUGACUGAACGGCCUUGUGACUGACCGACUGGCACAUUGGCAGCAGUCUUUCUGUCAUUGCUGCUGCCGCCACCAAGCACAGCAGGUCUCAGGUUAUGUGUAGCGUUGUAGUUGUUGUGUGCACAUCACCCACACCCACCACACCCACUCAUCGACGGAAUAACAGACUGACAUACAUGCAGGCUUACCUGGUGCCUGUGCUGUUCAGCCCAGGCACUCUGGUGCUGUCCUGCUGGCCCACCACUGCUCAUCACACUGCUUGGUGGUCCCCUGCUGGUCCCUCAGCCUCACACCUGAGUCAUGCGUGCCAGAUGCCAUCAGUGUCUCCGCCAAGCCUUCGUGUUAUCACUAAAGAGAAAGACUUAUAUUUUCAUUUCAGUCUAAUGAUAAUGGUUAUGAGUUCAGUGCACAACUUUUUACUGUAUUUUAAAGGCAAGAAUUCAUGAUGGAACACAGAGAUACUUCCUGUUUUAUAAUGUGAUCCAUGUUUUACUACAGUGGAUCACUCUUAUUGUAGUGAAAUAUUAUAUUUGAUCAUGAUGCUCACCAGCCAGGUUGUUAUCCAGCAUUCUCAUACAGGGUACUCUUUCCUUUAUAAUAUAUGAAUAAGGACUUAAUAUCAUAUUAAAAUUUCAUGCACAUCAUCACUGAAAUCCCUUAAGUUGAUAUGAAAAAUGCCAGCUUAUAAUUUUCUGUCUGUUGAGAUAACUUUUUAUUAUUACGUAUUUAAUUUGCCACAUCCCUUAUUUAUUAUUUAUUUGAAAUUAGUUCUUAUAGUGUACGAGAAAUUCUUUAGUGUUAGAACAUAACCUAACCAAGUACCUCAGUCUAGGCAGGCUUGUGUACUGGACUACAAACAUAUUACCUCAAACCAGUUCAAAAUGUAUAGAUUUCUGGAUAAGCUUGUACUGUCAUAUUUGCCUAACUCUUCGUGCCACAUCAGUGCAAGAUUACUUAACUCACUUAGUCCGCACCGGUGCACCGCCCUGUAGUCUUGCUCACUGCAUGGGCUGACAUCUGUGCACCGUGUUGUGUUGGCAGUUUUGUGUCUCCAUAGUUUAGUUUUAAAGUGUUAUCUUCAGUGCUCACUUAGGAACUUCUAAUGACCUUUCCCUCUUCGCUUAAUUUCUUUUUCAUAUUUUCCUUUGAGCAGGCAUAGUUAAUAUAUGAUUUAUGACAGUGUACAUUAUUCCAUAUCAUUUAUAAGUACCACAUAAUUCUAUAUCAUUCAUAAGGCAUAAAGAAUUCUAUAACAGUUAUGAAAUAUAUAUACACACAUACAUACCUCAUACCUACUAUAUAUUUAUAUGUAUAGUUUCAUGCUAUAUAGAAAGCUCACCUCAAGAAUGAACUAGUCUACCUCAGGAGUAUCUAGCAGCAAUCUCUGAUCUACCUCAUAUAGUUUUUAUGUAGAGCAACUCACAGUAACUAAGGUUAUACAUGUUUUAACACUGCAGAUGACUUGACUCUUUAACUGCUAAGGACAAUAUUGAACUCUACUUCAUUUAAAUAUCUAGAGGAUUUCAUAAGGCAAAAAUGAAGUUAAACUAAGCAAGGCUACUUCGUCACACUUUUUUGCUGCUUGGUGUUUGUUGCCAGUGGUGCUUAUUGAAAUGACAUUGUCAGGCUUGCACUGACUGAUCCACCUCUCCUCUUCUUUUCACUUGGGUUUACCAAAACUGUACUCUAAACAUGUACCAGCAACUCCAUCAUUCUUCUUCUUGUCAGUGAUGUCUAUCAAAAUUACUUCUAAAUAUGCACUAGACUACUUCUUUUAACCACCAAAGAUUAUCAGUUAAAUAGUCAAGGAAAUCUGCUGAGUCUGGCACUUACAGCUUUACAAACCCCACAACCUCCCAUAUACAAAUAACCUAACUCUAAUGUUUAAGACAACCCUCAUCUCAGAGCUUAACAAAAGUACAAAUAUUCAGGAUAACUCACUCAACAAAGACUUUAGGGACCUUUUUGUAUUCAAUUUGUGUAGAUCAAUAAUUGUAGUGGUCAGCAUAGUAGUGUCAGGGGCUUGGUAUCUCAGCAGCUCACUAGGUAGGGGUGUGUCCUCCCUGCGCUGUUCAUGCUGGAGCAAUAGUCAUUGUGUGAUAACUUUGUUAUGCUUCUGUUUUGGUAGUGAUUGUGUGUUUGUUAUUGUUUUUUUUUUAUUAUUUUUUUUUUUAUUUAUUAUUAUACCAGUUAGGCAUGUGAGACCACCUUCUGUCUCGGGAAAGUCAUGCUUUGGAUAGUUAGUUUCUGAUAUGUAACUCUUGAAUAUACAGUGCAGAUACUUCUUGUUGGAUCAUGUUAUUGGAAUUUUCUUGCAAUCAUAUAUUUAGUUCAGUGUUCCUUUUUGAUAUACUAGUUUUUACUGUAGGUUUUUGAUCCAGAAAUCAUUUGCUCCUGUCUUGAAAAAUGUUCAUGUUUGAAUCGAAUUGAUCAGUUUGCUGUUCUUCACUUUUUAAGGUUACUUGUUCUCCUCCUUAGUGUUAUGAUUUUAUUUGUUUUGUAUGUUAAUGCAAAUUACUUGACUGGGGAAAAUAUCAAUGAUAUUUUGAUAGUUUUGUUGUAAUGGAGAAGGAAAAGUUUGAUGGCAGGCAAGCUCCCCAUAUUUUCACUGUAUUUACCUUACACUUUGCUUGAAUGGAGAUUAGUAAGAUUUUAGUAGAAAAGAGAAAAGUAGAAGAAGAAAGUUUGAUGGCAGAAACAUUCUCCAAUGUCUCCAUCGCAUUUAUUCUACAAUUCAUGUAAUUUGGGAGAAGAGAAGAGAAAUAAUGUUAUUAUGAUGGAAGAAUUUAGUCAUGAAGGAAUGAAAAGUCUGACAGCUAAAAUGUUGUCAUCUCGUUCCUACGCCACAGUUGUUGUCAUUGCCUUCACCAAAGACCUGCUGUGAGGGACCAGCAGCUGAGCAGCCACCACCACCACCACCAUUAUUAUCAUCAUCAUCAUCAUCACACACACACACACACACACACACACACACACACACACACACACACACACACACACACACACACACACACACACACACACACACACACACACACACACACACACACACACACACACCAUUCAUCCAUCCCACAGUCAUCACCUCCGUAUUGUAUGCGCACGACGUCAAGCUCAAUCGACUUAACUGUUGUUCCUUUACGGGUAUAAUUAGUUUUUGUGUAUGUUUGACCAUUAAUUAUUUACUUGUUUUUACCCCUCACAUUAUCGCCCUCUUCCUCUUCCACUCCCAUUCUUCUUGUGAUGGGACUCGCACAUGACGUUUGGUCAGUGCGCCGUUGUCCCUCCCUUGCCCUUCCCUUUCUGAUGGUUGAUUGAUCAGUUGUUGUUGGUUUGUGUGACUGAGGCAUUAACUUCCUUCCCUGACUUGAUCUUCCACUCUGCGUCUAUCUUGUCACCUUCCUCACCCUCUCCCUCCAUCCCUGCCUGACAGCCAGCUCCCAUGGGCAUCAUGCUGGCAUCCAAGCAGCUGACUGUCAUGGGAAGGAAUCAGGCUUGACAAACUUGGAACACCCUAAGGCAAGAUGAUUUGUUUUUUUGUGUACUGUACUUCUGAUAUUGUUACUGUUUGCUUUUUUUUUUCCCCUCCCUGUCUGCAAAUUGUGGCAAUGUUUCUUUUCUUGUACAAACAAUUUUUAAAGACACUGAAAAAUUUGAAAAA